AUGGGGCCCUUCACCUCAGAAGCAGAGGUCGAAGAGGCCUACAACACUAUGCAAGCGACCCCCGGUCCGGCCGCACCAAGGAGCUCACUUGGAGAGAAUGGGCAGAUCAAGCAGCUUUGGCGGCCUGUGGAGGAUAAUAAGGACCACACCAUCAAGGUUGUAAACAAAGAUCCCGGCCGCCAUGCAUAUAAGACGUCCUUCACUGAGGUCAUGGCCAUUCAGACGGACAUCGUCAGAAUCUCCUGGAUCUGUCAAUGUGGCCGGUCAUGUUGUCAGAGCAGUCGCAAGCAUCUCACGCCGACAGUGCGGGAAUUAGGAGGACAGUGUCCGGCAAUUGUCACCAAAACUACGGAUAUUGAAGACGCCGCGAAGAAUAUUGCAUGUGUCAAGUAUCUCACCUGGGGUCAGAUUUGCCUCUCGGUCAGCCACUUUUCUGCACAUCCCUCCGUGCAGAAGAAGCUCAUCGAGCGGAUGACCUUUUACUUCAAUGAGUUCAACAACAAGGGUGACCUGAUUGCAUGA